CAAAUAUUGAUAUGCAUAUCUAUUGUAUACUUAUUGUACAACCCAAAACUUAUUUCUCAUACCAUUAGUACGCUUUUAAUCGUCGAGACAGGCCUGACUUGUACUUAUUUUCAAGACAAAUUUAAGGAUCAAUUUGUUAAUAAUCAUGUAAUUGCUCAAUAUAGCAUACCCAUUCAUAAAGCAAGUAAGAAAUUACAAACGAAAAUAAAGAAACAUAUGGAUUUAGAAAAAUCUGCUGCCAAAUUUGCUCAUGUAUUGACUUCAGUUGGAAUUUUAACUUUUAUGCCGUUUAUAGGAGACGAAUAUGAUAUAACUAUUUCGAUACGAUUAAUGACAGAUUAUAGUGAUGGAUUUAUUCGACAAUUGCUGUAUUGGUAUGAUAUUUAUAUCAUAAAUCUAUUUGGAUACUACGCAUUAGAGUUCCCACUUAUAUUAAUUAAAAGGAAUAGAGUGAUUUAUUAUCAGUACAUGAUCUUAAAUGAAAUGAUAGAAAAUUUAAAAUACGAGUUUAAUUUUGAGCUCAAUUAUAAAAAUAUUAUUGAUUGCAUUAAAAGUCAUAUUAAUUUAACAAUAUUGUCCGAACACCUUUUAAUAAGCAAUUCAAAAUUUGGGACUGUAUUACCAAUAUUACUUGCAGAAACUGUUUUUUUACAAAUUUCGUCGGUAUAUUUCAUUUUAGCGGAAAUCAGUCCCAGAAGCAAUUUCAGAUUCAUUGUGACUUUAAUAUUUACAUUUUACAUUACUGGAAAAUUUAUUCAAUCUGGACAAGAAAUUAAAGACGCAUCUGAACAAAUAUGUCAAACCAUUUAUAAUACUGAUUGGUACAAAUGGGAUGAUCCUAGCAAAAAAGCCUUACUGAUGAUGUUAAGACAAUGUGCUAGACCUGUCUCUUUUUCGGUGUUUAAAGCUAUAGAUUUGGAUUAUAAGUUGGUACCAUCAGUAAGUAUACAACUAUUUUACAAAAGAGUACAAAAAACUCUGAUAUUUUCAAUAAAUCAAAUAAAGUAA